AUGAGUAGGAAUGUGGAUAAGGCCAACUCGGUUUUGGUACGGUUUCAGGAGCAACAGGCAGAGUCCACGACUGGAUAUAAGGAUUAUUCACGUUAUACGAGGCCCAGAAACGUUUCCAAGGUAAAAUCGAUAAAAGAGGCCAAUGAAUGGAAAAGACAGGUGAGUAAAGAGAUACAACAAAAAAGUACAAGAAUCUAUGAUCCGUCUUUAAAUGAAGUGCAGAUUACUGAACUCAACGACGAACUUAAUAGUCUUUUCAAAGAAUGGAAAAGAUGGCAGUGGCACAUUAAUCAUACGCUUAUGGAAAAAAGAACCAAGAGGAAAACGCUAGAAGACAGCCAUCUAUUAUCGAAUGCAGGAAAGUUGAUAAAUGGUAAGAGGUAUUUCGGAAGAGCUUUGGAAUUGCCCGAAGUCAAAGAAUGGCUUAAACAAUCUCAAAAGCAGAAUGAUAUAAAUAUCGUGAAUAUCAAGCGCAUACCGAAGAAUAGAAAAGAUUUCUAUUACAGUGGCAAAGCCACCCCUGCCUUGACCGAAUUUGAGACCAACUGGACACCUAUUUUGAAAGCACAUUAUAAUGUGCCUGUAAAUGAGCUUGAAGAAGAGGCGUCACAACAGAAAGAAGAGAUGUACGUGCCGACGCUUGCUGAUAUGGAGCAUUGGUUGGUACAGAGACGAAAGAAAAAGCUAAUGGAAGAGCUCAAUCUUUGA